AUGGUUGAAACUGCAAAAACUUGGAUCAACGUGGGAGAACAACAUGUUUGUUCCAUUGUAUCAGACCGACAAUCUCUCGCUCACGAGAACGCUCAGAUCAGGAAACAAGAGGGACAGAAGUUGGAGGUAAGGAUAACAACUGACGCUUGUAAAGGGAGCUCACGUGAGGUCGCUGUGUUGGAACAUGUCCAAGUUGUCCUGAGUGUCAACCACGAUUUUAGAGGUUCCCUCAAGAUAAUCCUAGAAUCUCCAGCCGGAACAGAGUCAGCUCUGCUCACAGAACGGCCGUCUGACACAAAUAACCAGGGUUUCUUCAAGUGGAGUUUCCUUUCCGUGCAGAUGUGGGGAGAGGUUGCACCUGGGCAGUGGACUCUUACCAUCGAGAGCAAGGGCGACGGUGAGCUAACGUACGUGGAACUGAUAUUGUACGGAACAAAGUACACAACCAACUCUACACAGCAAUGUGAACACUUUUCCCUAAUUUCAUCAGACGACACUGGAUCCAAGACAUGUGUAGAGGAGUGUCCUGAGUUCGGGUAUUACACCUCCAAAACAAUGUGUCUGCCUUGUCACGUGACUUGUGCCUCCUGUACUGACUACAAUGUCUGUACCAGCUGUCCUGACCAACUCUUCCUUAACUACGGUCAGUACUACCGUAUUCUUUCUUAUCUCUAA